AUGCAAAUCCCACUCCUCUCCCUCCUCCCCUUCACAGCGUCAACUCUCCUCCCCUCCUCCCCCCAAUACGUCCUCUCAAAUCCGGCACUCGACGAAACCGCCUUCAAAAUCCCCACCUCCUACGAAUCAGCAGUCCAAGCACGUCGAAUCCUAAACCUCACACCUCUAGGCACUCUCUCCACCGUUUUCCCUUCCCCCUCCACCCUCGAACAGCGCCCCGCAGGCCUCGCCGGUAUACCCAUCGGUCUCAUGGACUACUUCGCCGACUGGGAGUCGUCAGGGGACCCCACUAUUCUCGCCAUCAACAUAGCGACAUCCUUCAAAAACGUAGCAGCUGGCUCCAACAUAUCUUUAUCACUGCAAUGGACGCCUCCCUACCCGCCAAAAAAACGGAUCGGGUCUUUCGGCUCCAAAGAAGCUGUGCCAUAUUCAGCUGCAAACCUGCCGCGGUUUUCCCUACUAGGGUAUAUUGAAAAGAUUGAGGAUAAAGAAGUAGAGGCGAAUGACUUGGGGAAGUGUUUUACAAAUGUGCAUCCCGAUUCCAAAUGGUGGCUGCCGGGCAACCCGAUCCAUUCGAGCGAGUGGGUGCGUUUGGUAGUGCAAAAUAUCUAUUGGAUUGGGGGCUUUGGGGAUAGGGCGUACAUUGGCUGGAUUCCCGUCGACGAAUGGAGGAAUGUGACAAGGAAGGAGUGGCAGGAUAUCAGGCUGCCCGGCGAGAAGAAGGGCUGGAAAGAGUGGGCAGUUGAGACGAUGGGGCAAUGGGAACUUUAG